UGGCAAUUUCGCCCUGCCCUGGUUUGCCUGGCCUGCCUGGUUCCGAACUGCCGUCCUCCACGUUUCCAUGGAUCCAUGGCAGCGAGACCCAGCUUGUCAGAAACCCAGAUACUAUUUGGGGCUCAUCUCAAAAGUCAUCGUGGUGUAGAUCAGAAGCCGCCAUGUUUGAUUUGUUCCUGGAUCGUGUGUCAUCUCUUUUUGAUCAUUUUCUUUCACCGUUUUAUCUUCUCUCAUCUAGAUAUCAUACCCACCUCGUCUUGGCACUAAUAUCUGAUGGAGAAGGCCUCUGGGCAUUGCUUACAAUGGCUUGCAUUGAGAGGAGGAUGGACACAACCUGAACCGAGAGCCAUGGAUUGCCGCGAGGCGAGGUGCAUCAUCCAAAACAAGCGGAAAUCAUGGGGCUUCUGGAAGCCUUCUCGAAACCUUCCUCAAGAGGACAAGUUUCAAUCUCUCGCCAAUCUCAGGUACCACAACAGCGCCCCCCACUGCCCCUGUCCAGAAAUCCACGGCUUGUGAAUGGCAGUCCGUCCAAAGGAGCGCCAUUUUCAGUGCAACCACCAGAA